ACAGAGAGAGCCUGAAAAGUGCCAACACUCCUAUGAGAAAAGACGGGAGAGAGAGAGAGAGAGAGAGAGAGGGAGGACAGAAAAAGCAGGUUAUUUAUAACGCCAGGCAGCAUUAGGGUCUUUUCAGUCUCUCCUGCAAACCGGCUGCUGCUGGUAGGUCACUCCCCAAAAAAACCUGCCGAGCCCGUGACCUGCAAGCACAAUAUUUGAUCUGGGAUCUGGGGCGGACACCAGGCUCUGCAGACCCAGAGACGCACUCACAUGCUGCUUGGCACACGGGAGAUCCCGCAGAAGAGCAGCGCGGCUUUGGGAAGGAGACGCUCACCUCGGUCCCUCCAGCACCAGCACCAUGCGUUGGGCCACCGUCCUGGUCAUCGCUGGGCUCUGCGGAGCCUCCCUGGGCCAGUACAAUGAAGAAGAAGACAUGGCGUGGUUGCAGUACUACAUGCGGCAGUCCCGGGUGUCCUCCUACAACUACAUGCCCUACUACGAAGACGAGAACCCCCCUUACAUCUAUUCUUACGUCCCAGCCCCAGAGACAGAGGCAGAGCCUGGCCCUGAACCUCAGCAAGCCCUUUCCUGGCAAUGUCCCCACGAGUGUGAUUGUCCCCCUAACUUCUCAUCAGCCAUGUACUGUGACACCCGGAACCUGAGGUACCUGCCCUUCGUGCCUUCCCGGAUGAAAUACGUCUACUUCCAGAACAACCAGAUCACCAGCAUCCAAGAGGGCGCCUUUGACAACGCCACCGAGCUGGAAUGGCUUGCACUGCACAACAACCAGAUCACCAGUGAGAGGAUGGGCAAGAGGGUCUUCGCCAAACUCAAAAACCUGGAGAGGUUGUACCUGAACAACAACAACCUCACCAAGAUGCCCAGCCCCCUGCCCCGGUCCCUCAGAGAGCUCCACUUGUCUUACAAUCACAUCUCCAAGGUCCCCUCCAAUGCUCUGGAGGGGCUAGAGAACCUCACAGCCCUGUACCUCAGCCACAACUACAUUUUUGAGAUGGGAGCAUCUCUCAAAGGGCUCAAGUCCUUGAUCCUUGCUGAUCUGAGUUAUAACCAUCUCAGGAAAGUCCCUGAUGGGCUCCCGAUGGCUUUGGAACAGCUCUAUCUAGAGUACAACUACAUCAACACCAUCCCCGAUGACUAUUUCAAGGUGUCUCCCAAGCUGCUCUACGUGCGGAUGUCCCACAACAGCCUGACAAAUCAAGGUCUCUCUACCAACACUUUCAACAGCAGCAGCAUCCUCGAGCUGGACCUCUCUUACAACAGGCUCCAGAAGAUCCCCCGGGUCAGCACCAACCUGGAGAACCUCUACCUUCAAGGGAACCAGAUCAACGAGUUCUCCAUCAGCAGCUUCUGCACCGUGGUGGACGUCAUGAACUACUCGCGGCUCCAGGUCCUGCGGCUCGACGGGAACGAGAUCAAGCGAAACGCGGUGCCCCCCGACGCGCCGCUCUGCCUGCGCCGUGCCACCGUCAUCGAGAUCUGAGCCGCCCCCCGCCCUCAGGACUUGGCUCCCCCGUUCCUGGGGGGACCCUCGCGCCCAUUUCAACGCAGCUUUGACAGUUUGACUUGGCUUCCGCAAUAGUGCAAUAAGGGUUCUCCAGCACCCGCCCACACAGGUGGGAAGGAGCCGUUUGCCCAAAAACGCUCUCCCCUGGUUUGAGUGGGAUGCAGCAGGGAUGGGGAGAGCUCACCCCCCUGGUUGAGGGAUGGAGCCCCUGCACACCAGCUCCAUCCCCCUCGGCCUGGCUCCGAGCUCCCCUCCUGCCCCAGCAACCCGGCUCUCCAUUUAAAAAAACCCAAAAAAAUACAACACAGUGACACCUGCAUCCACAGCACGAUUGGAUUUGUCAAAAAACACCCACCUUGGUUCCUUGGACGGUUUAGUUUGAGAACCAAAGUGGCAGCUGAGCUUUGGAGAUGACCUGCAGAGCUGAAGAGGUCAUCCAGGCCCUCCGCAUUUACACUGCAUGCCGACACUAUAGCAACAAAACCCAAAAAAACCUGUACUAUCACUGACGCAUGAACUGUAGAGAUCAUACCGACAAAUAAAGCCCUUUCUGUAACUGCACAAAA